AUGGGCUCAAACGCUACUAUAGUUCCCGCCACUGAUCCUGCUGUGUAUGAUGAAUACCAGGCCAAAUGGGCUACCGUUCCAACUGACAGACCUGGCUGGGUUAAGAGAGCUCAAGAAGUGGCUGCAGUCCUGGCCACCGAUGCACCACUUCGAGAGCGCCAAAACAAGUCUCCAAGAGCUGAAGUUGCUCUGUUAAAGCAUUCUGGACUUUUGAAAGUCCUUGGCGCCACCAAGUACGGCGGAGGUGGCCAGCCUUGGUCCGUUGGAUACAAGGUCAUCCAAGAGGUUGCCAAAGGAGAUGGAUCCUUGGGAAUGCUUCUAGGAUACCAUCUGCUCUGGUCCACCACGGCUAGAGUGGUUGGUUCACCGGAACAGGCAGAACGGUUCGAAGACCUCAUCAUCUCCAACAACUACUUUAUCGGUGGUGCUGUUAACCCGCGUGACAAUGAUCUCAAGAUUACUUCAGAUGGAGACGAGAUCGUUUUCAAUGGUUUCAAGUUCUUCAACACUGGUGGAGUCAUCUCGGAUCUCACUGUCCUCGAGGGUGUUUUUGACGACACCGAAGACCACAUUUUCGCCCUCGUAAAGACCGAUCAGCCAGGAAUCAUCUUUUCCCAUGACUGGGACAAUGUUGGACUGAGAUUGACUGAGUCUGGAAGUGUCAAGAUUGAUGGUGUAAGAGCUCCUUGGGCGGACGCCUUGGGAUGGGAUGCCAGUGCUCGAAAGAUUGACACGAACGUUCUCGGGCUGCCUUUCGCCACUUUGCUAUUACCAACCAUCCAACUGGUUUUUAGCAACUUCUACAUUGGAAUUGCAUGGGGCGCUCUCACCGAAGGCACAGCCUAUACCAACAAAGGCACUCGAGCCUGGCCAUUUGGAGGAGACAACAAAGAAAAACCGCAGGAUGAGUUCUACAUCCUCUCGACAUAUGGUAACUUCCUUGCUCAUCUGAGAGCUGCCACGGCGUUGGCUGAAGAGGCAGCUCAACAUAUUGACAGCGUCUAUGAGAAUAGUGGCAGUCUAGAGUCACGAGGCAAAGUGACGGCUGAGUUGCGAGGAGAAACUGCGGAGUGGGUUGCCAGUGUUAAGGUAGUGGCGACGGACGUCGGACUCCGGGUGACUUCUGGCGUCUUUGAGGUUACGGGUUCCAAGUCGACAGCUGCAAAGGUUGGAUUGGAUCGUUUCUGGAGAGACAUAAGAACUCACACACUGCAUGAUCCUGUUGCUUAUAAGAACCGGGAACUAGGCAGAUACCAGGUUCUCGGGGAAAUCCCCGAACCAACCUGGUACACCUGA